AUGGCGGACAAACAAGGCUUUCUCGCAAAGCCGUCAGGCGAGUGCUGCUUGAAGGGCUCGCUCCACGAGGGGGAACCCAGAGGCCGCAUUGAGACAGUCGGUGGCGUCGAGACGUACAUCUCGACUCCUCAGGGCAAGAAUAACGGCAACAUCGUGCUUUACUUCCCUGAUGUGUGGGGCUUCUUCAACAACGGGUUUCUAGUCAUGGACGCCUUUGCCGAUGCUGGCUACACGUGUUUCGGGCUGGAUUAUUUCAAAGGAGACCCGGUGUGGAAACAUCGCAAGGGCCGCGAUGACCCUGCUCCGGGAUUUGAUUUUGAGGCGUGGAAGCAGAAGUACACCGUAUUCGCAAAUGAAGUGACCCCGGGUUGGGUCGAGGCUGUCAAAGCCCAGUUUGGGUCACCAACGACCAAAUUUGCAUGUGUCGGAUACUGCUUUGGAGCCCCGUAUGUCUGCAACGAGUUAGCCAGGGACAUUUGCACCGCAGGCGCAUUCGCCCAUCCGGCCUUCUUGAAGGAGACACAUUUCCGACAGUUGAAAAAACCUCUGUUUCUGUCUUGCGCCGAGACAGACCACACUUUUGGGACCGACGCGCGCAACGAAGCCAUCAAGAUCCUCCAGGAGGACAAGAAGCCGUACAAUCUGCAGCUCUUGUCUGGAGUGGAACAUGGGUUUGCGCUUCGUUGUAACCUGGACAACCCCUAUGAACGGUAUGCUAAGGAGGAGAGUUUGAGGGCCAUCGUCGAGUGGUUCAACUUCUGGCUGUCACAGUAA